AUGGAUUUCUCGGCCUCCGUCUUCCAAAUCUGCUCCUUCGCCGUCGCGGCCGUCCUCCUGGCGACCACGGCGGCUGCCAGGCCAGCCACGUCCACCAUUGCCACCGUGGCGGCCGCCAACGCGACCGUGACGGCGCGCCGCGACGGCCACGGCCGCUCCUCACCGCUCUCGACGGCGACGACGGAGGAGCAGCAGCAGUACAUCUGCUACCUCUGCCGCGGGCGGAACCCGCUGAUGAUCCGGUGGUGCCCCCUCGACGAGGACGAGUGCCACGUCGCCUGCCUCUCGUCGCCGUCGGCGUCGCGCGCCUCCUCCUCCUCCUCGUCCUCUCCGCCGCGCGCGCCGGCUCUCCCCGCCGACGACGACGACCGGGGGCACGACGACUGCUACGUCAUGAAGCUGUACCCGGACGGCAGCUGGGUCGUCGUCGACGUGGUCAGCUGCCAGGCGUCGGCGGGAUGCUUCCUCGUGUGCAGCGACGCCUACGCGCUGCCGUCGUCGUCGACGGGCGCGGCCGGCGAGACCACCCCGGCCGCGAUCGGCAGCCCGCUGCCGCCCCGCCUGGCCGAUUUCGAGCGGUGCGGCGACCAGCUCUACCCGCGGCCGUCGAGCCCAUGA